UCAACUACAUCCCUUCCCCUUCAACCUUCACAUCUCCUCACUCAAACAACCAUCAUGAAGUUCCUCGCAGCACUGAUUCUUGCUACGGCCGUCUCGGCACUGGUAGUCCCUCCUGUUGAGCAGUCCCACGACGCCCAUGGGGAUGCCGAAGGUUCCCUUGAGCUCAUCGGCUCAGAGAUCAAGUCUCCCGAGACCAUCAAAUCUGGCGACGAACUGUCCGCUUCCUCCGUGGCCCUCGAGAAGCGCAUAGAUGGCAUCCCCAUCCCCCACGGCGUUGCCUCCGCCAAGUCCAUUCUCCUCGUGGGAGUAACUGUAUCUUUCCACAUGGUUGGAGGCUGGGUCCGUCAGGGUAGUCGCAAUGUGUGGACCUACACCUGUAAGGGCAUCGUCUUGACCAACAACAAUGACAGGAAGGCGGUCAGCAUUUUUAGCGCCGGGAUCAAGUACUUGACCAACUACAUCAUGUCGGAGGGCAGAGUCUGGACUGUGAAUGCCCCGGCGGAGGGGUUCGCGGACACGGUUAGCAUCAACAUUGGAAAAGCUUAG